UUUUUGGAGACAGUUUAGAAAUAAAAAAUGGAAUAUUUGAGUAUAAAAAAAUUCUUAUUUGUGUUUACAAUAAAACUAAUAGUGGCAGAAAAUUUGAACAAUCUUAACUAUGAAAUAAAAUCUUUGUUUGGACAGCCUGAUUACCGGUCAGUUAAUCUAACAUGGGAAGUCGAAACAAAAGAUGAAAAUUUUCCCAACUCGGAAAAUCAUGAAGAAGAAAAUUUUAUUGUUCAUUACUGUGAACUUCAAAGUUGGGGUGAAAUGCACCGAUGCAAAUCAAAAAUUCUUCAGGGAUCAGUUAAAAAUAAUAACAAUAAAUCCACAAAAGUUUACAACACGAUAAUUAAAAACCUUCGAUUGGCUACGAAAUAUUUUUUCAAUGUCAAAGUAGCAAAACAUGGUGAAAGUGAGAAAUCUGCAAGAUCACAAAUUUACAAUGAUGACGAUAAUAAAGACGGACAACAAAUAAUAAUUCCCACCAAAGGAUUCUCAGCUGUCGCCACGAAGUGUUUGCCAAAUGAAUCUGAAAUUCAGAUUGACACCGGUCCGUAUUUUGGGGGUCGCAUCAUUUCAGAAAAUGGAAAUUGCAUAAUCAAUGGCGAUCCAAAAGAUGAUCGUGAAACUUACAACAUAAGAAUUGAUCAUGAGAAGUGCGGUUCUCAUGUGUCGCACGAUGAUUUCACUGUUGAGACUUACAUCACGGUUCAAGAGAAUUCCGGACUUCUCACUCACUCAAGUCGAAGAUUUCUGGUCAUUUGCAACUUCCAACCGGACACGUUAACAGUAAGAGCACGAUUAGCACUUCCAAGUAAAGGAAGUUCGAAAGCUCUCGAUGAUGAUGAAUGGCCACAAAGAGAUCGCGGUGCCCGUGAAAGGCAAUUCAAAAUGGUUGACAAAUCUUUUUUAGUUCUUAAAGAAAGUAACGAGCAAUCGAUCGAAAAUGCAAUCGGAAAUAUCGAAAGCCUUACUGAGAAUAUUUCUCUGGAAACAACUGAGAAAGUAACAAAUUCAUCAACAAUUACUGGAAAUAAGAGCGAACCUUUUAAAAAUGUUCGAUAUUCAAGACAUUCAUCAUUAAAAGAUGAAGAAACAAAUGAAGUUUUCUUACAAAUUGAUUCAUUAAUUGGAAUCACAAUUGGUGUUGCUUUAACUGUCUUACUA